AGUACAUAGCAUGCCGGGGUUUCGCUCUCGAAUUCGUUACGUCAUCGCCGAGACGCAACAUGACCUGAGCAGCAUGAACAGCAAGCAGUUCGACGAUUUGGACAACUUGAACCAUCAUGAAAUCAUCUCGAUCACCUCGAUAUUCCGACUCCGAGGCCUCAAAGGUAGCGUCAACUUGUGCCAGCGGCGCAACAGAAAUAGACAUAUACACAAACGAUAUACAUCAUGGCUCGAUCUUGCGCAGACGACUGCCUUGCAGUCAAGCUGCAGACUGGCGAACGCAAAGGCACCUAUUUCGAUCUCGAACUGCCCAUCUCGGGCACGGUCAAGACUUACCUGACAGCUCCUGACGGUCACACGAAGGCACAAGUCGAAGCCGACAAGGCUGACAAGAUCGUCCUAUGGAUGGCGGAUAUUUACGGUCCUCAUUUCAUCAACAACUGCUUGUUCAUGGACUGGCUCGCUAGUCAGGGAUACUUGGUCAUUUCGCCUGACUACUUUUACGGCGAGCAGGUGGCCGAGCUGAACAAGAAUCCCGAUUUCACCCUGAGCGAUUUCAUCCCGAAAUGGUUGAUCAAGGUGGACGACGGACAGGGGAAUCAGGUUCAGAAGACGACCUUGUUGCUCCGGGAAUGGAUGCCAAGGGUCAAACAAAUGUAUGGAAAUCCCGACACAAAGUAUGGUAUCGUUGGGUUCUGCUUCGGUGCCCCCUACGUCCUUGACUACUGCACAACCAGUGAGGUGUCUGCAGGGUCCAUCAUCCACCCUGCUAGGUGUGAUAGCGAUGUCGUUUUCCACAAACUCAAACAGCCGCUCUACGCCUCUUUGGCAGAACAAGAUUCGCAUUUUCCGCCGCCCAGAAGACGCGCUCUCGAGGUCGCCCUGACAGGUCUCGCUAGUCCUGAAGCACCAGACGGGGACGCCCACGACGACAAUCUUGUCGGAACCGGUGGGUACGACUACCAGAUCCAUAUCUACUCGGGCGUCAGACACGGGUUUGCCUUGCGAGCCAACCUCGAUAUCGAAAGAGUUCGCUGGGCAAAGGAGAGGACUGCUGAAAGCCUCAAGUCGUGGUUCGAUCGAUUCCUCUGUUGACGUCAACAAGAGAUAUUUGCGGAUCCACGACGUGGGAGGCGUGUAUCUCAUG